CAAGAGCAAAAGUUGGAGGGAUGGCAGAAAAGGAAGGGGGAGGGUGGAAACACGUGAAUUUGGUUUUCAGCUAAAAGGUUCCUCUCAUUUCUUCCCAGGUGAAUGUGCUGUUGUUGCACCUGGGCUGCUCAGGUGUUCUGUGCUUAAAUCACACUGAUUUUUAACUAACCAGUUCCAGAAAAAGGAUCUUCCAUCAGGAGAAUUGAUCGCUGCUGUUUCCUCACUGCAUUGAAAGGGAAAUAAUGGUCCAUUCAACAUUAGCCUUGUCCCUCCUGCUAAUUGCAGUCUCUUCCAACCUUGCGAUGGCAAUCAAAAAGGAAAAACGAGCACCUCAGACACUGUCAAGAGGGUGGGGAGAUGAAAUUACCUGGGUACAAACUUAUGAAGAAGGGCUUUAUCAAGCGAAAAAAAGUAACAAGCCACUGAUGGUAAUUCAUCAUUUGGAAGACUGUCAAUACUGCCAAGCCCUGAAGAAAGCUUUUGCAGAAAAUGAAGAGAUACAGGAAAUGGCCCAAAAUAACUUCGUUAUGCUGAAUCUCAUGCAUGAAACCACAGAUAAAAACCUGUCUCCUGAUGGACAAUAUGUGCCUCGAAUCAUGUUUGUAGAUCCAUCUCUCACAGUAAGAGCUGAUAUCACAGGAAGAUACUCCAACCGGCUUUACACUUAUGAACCACAAGACAUACCAUUCUUAAUAGAGAACAUGAAGAAAGCACUACGCCUCAUUCAGACAGAACUGUAACCAGCAACAGUGAAAUGACCAUAGCCUCUACGAGGUGAAGCUGCACUAGGAAACAUAACUUUUUAAAAUAUUUUAGUUAACCUCUCUGUCUCUACUAGCAUUUUUAACUCUUACCAAGCAGCUUUGGUAUGUCAGAUUUCAUAAGGAAUUUAUAUGUUCAACUUGAAGAACAAACAUAGAAAGACUAUUGCGUCCUUUUGGAAAAUAAGAGGAGAAAUCUAUUAAUCACUUUGAAAUUAGUUAUCUGAAUAACUGAAAGUGAUGGUUUAAGGUGCAGCAACUUUGAGCUGUAUUUUAUCAGUCCAACUAUGACUUUAAGUCAGCUAUGACUUCUGACCAAGAGUUAUAACCAUUCUUUUUCAUGUCUAUUUGCAAUUUAUUAUAUAAGUUAACAGCUGCACCUCAGCUCCUUAUUUUUAUUUUUAUUGCAAGAAGCUUGUAAGUCAUUAGUGUACCUCUGCUUUACGCACUUAUUUCUCAUUAAAGGAAAAGAAACUUUACUGGCAAAUCAGACAGGAAGGCUCUUCCUAUAGAUUUUGGAAUAGCUUAUAUAGAAAAAAACAGUGAUCUGGGCUUAGCUUUCUUCUGUAUAAUCAUUUAAUUAUAAUUCUGAUAGCUGAAAACAGAACAGACAUUUCACACUGAGCAUGUGGCCUCAGUGAGGUGAUAAUCAUCAAAUAGCAACUACAGGUUUUGCUAUGAUAAAGAUACAGUGAAGCAAGAGAGAAGGAAGGUGAUAGUCCCAGAACUCCCCUCCUGAGGCUAAGUGAUGCUUGUAAAGUCUGGUAUGGGAAAAAUGAGCAGGCUUGUCCUAGCUCUUUUCAUUUAAAUGGCACCUGAGUCAUGUGAAGCUCAGCCCAGGUCAUUCCCUCUUUUUCCGUAGUAUCCCAACCCAGAUAUCACAGUGGCAGCUUAGUGAGGGGAUCUGUAUAUCCAAAGUCUUCACAAAAUUUCCCCAGGAUCACCAUAUGCAAAGGCAGACACCUAUUUUGAGUAAAAAGCUGAGUCAGUUGAAAGUUUGUUAUCCUAGCAAUGCGCUUUUUCAUUAGAGCAAGAUAUUAAGAGAUUCAUCUGCAGUAAGAGCAUGUAUGUUAUGUUACAUGCAAAGAACCAGUGUCACUUGUUUGUGCCACCUGCCACUUCCUAUGAUGCUGCCUGUAUACACGUAUAAAAGAUGAAGGAAGGAUCUUUGAGGGACACCUUUGCUAAUUCACAAUACCUGGUAUUAAUUUGUCAUGAAUGAGUUAUAUUGCACCUAUCUAUGUCUUCAUAAUUAUGUAAAUUUGGAUAUAAGCAUAAAUUCCAACAGAGUGGUGAUAAAUGACCUGUACACUAAGAGAAAAAAAUUCUUGUAUUAGUCAUGAGCAAUACAUUGUCUUCAUAAUCAGUUAAAUGAUUUUUUAACCUAUGGGAAAAUGCUAGAAACCAAAUUAAACUGGUAAUCACA